AUGUCUAACCGCGUCGUUUCAGCCGUCCUUCCCUACUUCCCCUACAGCCGUCAGUCGAAGAAAAAGUCGCAUCGCGGUGCCAUCACGGCCCGCAUGCUCGCCAACCUGCUCAACGUGGCCGGCGUCAAGCACAUUGUCACCGUCGACCUACACGCCUCGCAGAUGCAGGGCUUCUUCAAGUGCCCCGUGGACAACCUACACGCCGAGCCCAUCAUCGCCCGCUGGAUCCGCCACAACGUGCCCAACUGGAAGGAUGCCGUGGUCGUGUCCAAGAACGCCGGCGGCACAAAGCGUGUGACGUCCCUGGCGGACGCCCUCAAGCUCAACUUCGGCAUGGUCACCACGGACCGCCGGCGCAACAAUAGCAACAUGACGGCCAGCAUGAUCAUGACCCACCUCGACAACAUUGAGCAAAGAUCGCCUGUUGUCAGCACAAUACAUCAGGGCGCCGCAGCACCGAGCAACGGCCACGACGGCCCGCUGGUGAAUGGCGACCGGGGCGAGAGCAGCACAAACGGGAACGGCGCGACGACCGUCAACGGCGGUGCCUCGUCGCCAGCCGCGCGAUCAGUAAGCGGCAACAACGGACCCACCAGUCACGCAGCCGCCGCCGUCACAACGGCCGCACUGCCGCCGCGGACGCCGUCGGAAGCCUCCACCACGGAUACCAUCCCGACGGGACCGGCGGACAGCUCGGUCGGCCGUUCGAGCGAGCCAGACCAAGAAGAUGCGGAGUACAACGACGAGCGGGCCCACGAGGUGACGCAUGCGCGCCUGUUCCAGGGCCACAUUGUGCCCGACGACUUCCCAUCGCCGGCCGUCUCGACCGCCGACGGCAGCGUCGUCGAGGAGGAUCCGAUGACCAUGUCGCACAUCUCGUCCUUCUUCCAGCCUGAGCCGCACGCGCUCGGCGGCUCGGGCGAGGCCGGCACCUCCGACUCGGACGACGACGAGGUCCUGCCGCCCAAGCCCAACGUCGAGCGCCUGGUCACGCUGGUGGGCGACGUGCGCGACCGCGCCGUGUUUAUUGUCGACGACAUGAUUGACAAGCCCACCUCGUGGAUCGCGGCGGCCGAGACGGUGGUCAAGCGCGGCAGGGCCAGCAGGGUCUACUGCAUUGCCACGCACGGCAUUUUCGGCGGCGACUGCCUGCAGCAGAUGCAGGACUGCGACUGCAUCGACGCCAUCAUCGUGACCAACAGCUACCCGAUCCCCGUCGAGCAGGCGCGGGAUGCCUCCAAGCUGAUCGUGCUGGACCUGUCGUUCCUGCUGGCCGAGGCCAUCCGGCGCAACCACUAUGGCGAGUCCAUGUCGCCGCUCUUCCAGCACAUUAUGGACUGA